AUGGAUGAAAAUUUUAAUAAACUAAUAAAAAAAUUAAAAAAGAAAGAAAAAAAUAAUAUUAAGUAUAAUAAAGAAAGAAACUUUAUAUUUCAUAUAAUAGGAAAUAAUGAACCUUUCAAUGAAAGGAUUUUUAAUUUUAAUAAUAUAAUGUAUGCUAAUAAAAAAAAAAAUAGUAGGGACAUUGAAAAUUAUAUUGACAAAUAUAAACUUGUUUAUAAUAAUUUUGAAAAUAAUAUAAAUAUGUAUUUUAAUAAAUAUGUUGAGGAUAUAAUAAAUUCUUCAAUAAUUCAAAGAUCAGAAUUACAAAUUCCUAAAAGGAAAAUGAACAAGACAAAUUAUACAAAAAACAAUAUAAUGGGGAAUCUAUUAAAUUAUGAAUAUGUUCAAUAUCACAAUUUUUAUAAAAGAGAAAAUGAGGAAAAAUAUUUUAAGCCAGCGAAAAAUAAUAAUGACGAAGAUUUUGUAGAUUUUUCAAUGAGUUCAGAUGACAAUGGGGAUUAUACACACAAGUACAUGUAUGAUAUAACAAAGCAAUUUAUAUAA